UUAAUUAAACCCUUUUCUUCAAUCUUCAACUAAUUUCUCCAAUGGCUCCAAGUUUUGACGAUGGCAACUCACUUUUCAACUUUGUUGUCCGAGAUGGAAAUGGUGUUAAAGGAAUGGUGGAUUCGGGCUUGUCGACGGUGCCACAGGCUUACAUGCAACCACCGAUGGAGCGAAUAGACAAAGAUAGAGCUCGAAAACAUGGGCAUCCCCCGAUUGAUUUGUCGAAACUCGGUGGCCCUGAGCACGACGAAGUGGCUAAACAAAUUGUUAGAGCUGCUGAGAAUCUUGGAUUCUUCCAAGUUGUCAACCAUGGAGUUCCUGUUGAUCUACUCGAGUCUCUUAAGGACACCGCCAAUGAUUUCUUUAGCUUGCCUGCUGAGAAAAAGGCUGUUUAUCGUGAUGACGUUAGUCCGACUCCAUUGGUGAAGUAUGGGACUAGCUUCGUGCCACAGAAAGAGAAAGCAUUGGAAUGGAAAGAUUAUAUCAGCAUGCAAUAUACUAAUGAUGCCGAAGCUCUUCAACAUUGGCCUGAAGAGAUCAGGGAUGUUUCACUUGAAUACUUGAGGACAUCAAUGAGCAUGGUAAGAAAAUUGCUUCAAGUUUUGCUGGAAAAUUUGGGGGUGAAACCGGAAGACUCAAUGAUUGAUGUACUCGUUGAUAAGAAAAUGGUUAACAUGAACUACUACCCCACCUGUCCUAAUCCGGAUCUCACCGUCGGAGUAGGACGUCAUUCUGAUAUGGGUACACUUACGAUUUUAUUACAAGAUGGUAUUGGUGGUUUAUAUGUGAAGAUCGAAGAUGACUCGGAAUUCGGAAAGAAGGGAGAGUGGGUAGAGAUUCCUCCUGUUCCCAGUGCCUUAGUCAUCAAUGUUGGUGAUAUGGUACAGGUACUAAGUAACGGAAAGUACAAAAGUGCAGAGCAUAGAGUCCGUACCACAAGUACAAAAUCGAGAGUAUCGAUACCUAUAUUUACAAUGCCAAAUGCAACAGCAAAAAUUGCACCUUUACCUGAAGUGGUCGAGAAAGAUGGAAAUACUCUUUACAAAGAGUUUGUGCUAGCUGAUUAUAUGAAGAAUUUUUUCAGUAAUGCUCAUGACGGCAAGAAAUCACUUGAUUUUGCAAAAAUCAAUUCUGCUUAAUUAAAAUUCAAAGGAAAAAAAAUUAAAUUCAUUUAACAUGAAUUUUUCCUGGAUUACAGUUCUUCGUCUACCAAUAAAUUAAAAGUGAUUUCUACACUAAAAGUCCUUGGUCGGCUUC